UGCAAUACUACUGAGACAACUAGGCACAGCUUAGCACACUGAUACAGCAUAACGUCUAUUUCAGCCCCGCUGUAAGUGAUACUGCACUAAGGAACACUCAUCAAACUCCGUUGGGGGACAGAACACCACCCAGGCUUCAGCCCAUUUAUGUGUUCUUUUUUUUGUUGCUGAAUAAUAACCUUUAAAAAAAAUAAACAGUGCCGACAGAACUGAAGUUUUCAGUCAUCGUACCAAACUGUUUCAUUUUUGUGCGCUCUUGGAUGGAAGUUUAUGCGCUUGUUAAAACGCUGUUACACAUGCUCAAUGAAACGGUCUUCCAUACAAGCGAUUUGCACCAUUUGUUGCAAGAGAGAGCAUUUUAAAAACACACGCAGGCUAGGGCUAUUUCAUGUAAAUCAAGUGACUUGGACCAUCAGCAUCUCUCCUGCCGCCCGCGAUUGAACCACAGUUAACCCAAGAUAUCUGAAGAGGAAUUACAUAGGCUCUUUGAGUUACACAAAUAUUCUGCAAUCAAUGCUUUUGCCUCCUGCAUGUGGACCAUAGACUUUUUAGGACAUGGAUCACUUGCUGUAGUGGAUAACCUUAUUGAUGUGUGUUUUGUUUGAUUCCCGCUACCGAAGAGGAUCUUUUUUUUCUCCACUUUUCCACUUCAGUGUAAUUCUAUGGCACUUCUUCUUCUAAAGCACUGAUGUCGCUACGUGACGGGAAUUGCGAUUGAUUUUCCAUAUUCUGUUUCAAGGGAUAGAAGUGACAGAGUUGCAGCCUUAAGAAAAAAAUACUUCCACCCUCUCUGAUUAUGGACUUAGCAGGUCAGGCUCAUGUGCUGGUGGUGUUACUCACCUGCCUGGUCUUCCUGUCCUGGGCCCAAGAGAAGGACUACACGGUGAGGGAGGAGCAGCCCGAGAAUGUCCGCAUCGGGAACCUGCGGAAGGACUUGGACCUGAACCUUGACCCUGACUUCAAGCUGUCCUCACCACUGCAGUUCAAGCCCGUCUACAAAACGGGCGAUGUGCCUUUGGUGAGGGUAGAGGCCAACACUGGGGAGAUCUUCACCACGGCUCAUCGCAUCGACCGAGAGAAGCUCUGCUCAGGAGUAUUCAACGAGAAGCGCUGCUUCUACGAGAUUGAAGUAGCCGUUCUGCCUGACGAGAUCUUCCGUCUGGUUAAGAUCCGGUUCCUGAUUGAGGACAUCAAUGACAACGCUCCACUCUUCCAGUCCACCGUAAUAAACAUCUCCAUCCCAGAGAACACUGCCAUCAACACCCGGUACCCCGUGCCCUCUGCAUUUGACCCAGAUGUGGGGAUCAAUGGGAUCCAACACUAUGAACUUGUCAAGAGUGUAAGUGAGUUUGGCCUAGACAUCAUCGAGACCCCAGAGGGAGACAGAUGGCCCCAGCUGAUCGUCCAGCAGAGCCUGGACCGCGAGCAGAAGGACACCUUCGUCAUGAAGAUCAAGGUGGAGGACGGUGGAACGCCACCCAAGUCCAGCACAGCCAUCCUCCAGGUCACCAUCUCCGACGUCAACGACAAUCGGCCAGUCUUCAAGGACAGUGAGGUGGAGGUGAACAUCCCUGAGAACGCCCCCAUGGGAACCUCCGUCACCCAGCUCCACGCCACGGACGCAGACCUCGGCUCCAAUGCCCAGAUCCACUUCUCCUUCUCCAACCAGAUCUCCUCAUCCACCAAGAGGCAUUUUUCCAUAGACAGCACCACCGGGCUGAUCACUGUCAAGCAGCCCUUAGACCGAGAAGCCACUCCGGUCCACAAACUCAUUGUCCUGGCCAGCGACGGCAGCUCCACCCCCUCCAGAGCUACGGUUAUCGUCAACGUAACGGACAUUAAUGACAACGUUCCGUCCAUAGACACUCGGUAUAUAAUGAACCUUGUAAAUGGUACGGUUCUACUGUCAGAGAACGCUCCUCUCAACACAAAAAUAGCCCUAAUUACAGUGACGGACAAGGACUCGGAUCUGAACGGCAAAGUGACUUGUUACACUGAUCAUGACGUUCCUUUCAGGUUAAAGCCAGUCUUUAAUGACCAGUUCCUGCUGGAGACUGCGGCCCCCUUAGAUUACGAAACAACCAGGGAAUAUGCAAUUAAGAUAGUAGCGUCGGAUUCAGGGAAGCCUCCUUUGAACACUUCAGCGAUGGUUUUAAUAAAAAUUAAAGACGAGAAUGACAACGCUCCCAUCUUCCCUCAGCCUGAGAUUCAGCUGUCCAUACCAGAGAACAACGAUCCGUCCACGCAGCUCAUAAAGAUCAGCGCCACGGAUGCAGACAGCGGACAUAAUGCAGAGAUUAUUUAUUCUCUUGGCCCUGACGCUCCUGAUGGGUUUAACAUAGAUAGACGGUCAGGAAUCCUCUCCGUUGGCAAACGCCUGGAUAGAGAGAAGCAGGAGAAGUAUUCAUUCACUGUCAUGGCGAGGGACAAUGGGUCUGCUUCGCUGCAGAGCAAUGUCACAGUGAGGUUAAUAGUGCAGGACCUCAACGACAACAGCCCAGCUUUCACCCAUCCUGAGUAUAACUUCUACGUGCCUGAGAACCUGCCUCUGUACGGGACCGUGGGUCUGAUCACCGUCACAGAUUCUGACGCAGGUGACAACUCUGUCAUAACACUGUCCAUCCUGAACGGGAAAGACAAUUUCCUUAUUGAUCCCCAGACCGGUGUAAUCAAACCCAACCUCACGUUUGAUAGAGAGCAGCAGAGCUCAUACACUUUUAUGGUGAAGGCUAUAGACGGAGGGCAACCACCCAGCACUUCAUACGCCAAGGUCACCAUAAACGUUGUGGAUGUCAAUGACAAUCGACCCGUUUUUGUUAUCCCCUCGUCCAACUACUCUUACGAUCUGGUCCAGUCUACCACCAGCCCUGGGUCUGUGGUCACCAGGGUGUUCGCUAUAGACAAUGACACUGGCAUGAAUGCUGAGCUGCAGUACAGCAUCAUUGGGGGAUCACCAAGAGGGCUGUUUGCCAUAGACAAAACAACUGGUAAUAUAACUCUGCAGGAGAAGAUAGUCUCAGCCGAUCAGGGUUUACACAGGCUGGUGGUGAAAGUCAAAGACCUGGGCCAGCCAGAGUCCUUACACGCAAUCGCCCUCAUUCACCUGUUUAUUAACGAGACUGUAUCCAACGCUACAUUCAUUCAAGAGCAGCUACGUAAGAGCUUGGAGACUCCAUUGGACCGUAACGUGGGAGACAGUGAGGUCACAUCCCAAGCCAACGGAUACGUGAUUGUUGUCAUCGCUAUAAUAGCUGGGACUAUGACAGUGAUCUUAGUCAUCUUCGUGACAGCCUUAGUGCGCUGUCGUCAGACGCCCAGGCACAAAGUGGUGCAGAAGGGCAAGCAGAGCGGCGAGUGGGUGUCGCCCAACCAGGAGAACCGUCAAAUCAAGAAGAAAAAGAAGAAAAAGAAGAGAUCCCCUAAGAGCCUCCUCUUGAACUUUGUCAGCAUAGAAGAAUCCAAGCCUGAUGAUCCCAGCCAGGAACACAUUAAUGGAACCCUGGACCUGCCUGUGGAGCUAGAUGAGCAGACCAUGGGGAAAUACAACUGGGCCACUACGCCGACCACCUUCAAACCUGACAGUCCAGACUUAGCCAAGCAUUACAAGUCUGCCUCCCCCCAGCCAACCUUCCAAAUCAAACCAGAGACCCCGAUGGCGCCAAAUAAACACCACGUGAUUCAGGAGCUCCCGCUAGACAACACGUUUGUGGUGGGCUGUGACUCGCACUCCAAGUGCUCCUCCACCAGCUCAGACCCGUACUCGGUCUCAGAGUGCAGCUGUCAGGGGGGAUUCAAGACUUCUGGGCAAAUCCACACCAGACAGAAUCAGGGCCAGACACCAGAGAAGUCCUUCAGCUCAGUCGCAUCUACUUGUCCCCAUAAGGAGGGUUGUCUUCUCAGCAAGAUAACAUCUGCAAACACCCAGCGUCGCGUGACGUUCCACCUCCCGGACGGUUCUCAGGAGAGCUGUAGCGACAGUGGUCUAGGGGACCACGAGCCCAGCAGCACUGCCAGCACCACUCAGCCUCUCCCCCUCGGCUUCCCCCGGGAAGAGUACUACCAACAGACCUCGCCCAACAGCCGCACCGAGGGAGACGGAAACUCUGACCCUGAGUCCACCAUAGUGGAGGUGAACCUGGCCAAGGCCCUGGCGGAAGCCUCGGAGACGUGCACCCAGGAAUGUCUGAUCCUGGGCCACUCCGACAGCUGCUGGAUGCCCCCCUCCCUGGUGACCCAGUUCCAGUCUCCGUCCAACACAGGUACCCUGCCUACCCUGCCCUCCUUUGGCUUCCAGCACCAGCAGAGCUCCCCAUGGGCCAGAGGAGCCAAGGCGGAUGGACGUCAGUGCCAUACCCUGGGCAGGUCUGUGCCCAAAGACGAUCUGGCUAAAGGGAUGAACCGGCCGCAGUUCUACAACACUCUGGAAAGACACUGCAGCAGCAAGAGUAAGGAGUCUGACCCCAUCAAGGUCAUCCCUCUGGCCAGCUUUUCCUCAUCUUCGUCAGGCCAGCAGACCCCAGCCAACGGAGGAUCCUCUGCCUUCUUACAUGAGCAUCAGCUGUAAGGGACCAGAGUAACACCAACCAGUUUGUCUAAUGUAUCUUGAUGUAUAUUUAAUAUCAGCUGUAAGGGGCUGUAACGGGACAGAGUAACACCAACCAGUUUGUCUAAAGUAUCUUGGUGUAUAUUUAACAUCAGCUGUAAGGGGCUGUAAGGGGACAGAGUAACACCAGCCAGUUUGUCUAAAGUAUCUUGGUGUAUAUUUAACAUCAGCUGUAAGGGGCUGUAAUGGGACAGAGUAACACCAGCCAGUUUGUCUAAAGUAUCUUGGUGUAUAUUUAACAUCAGCUGUAAAGGGCUGUAAGGGGACAGAGUAACACCAACCAGAUUGUCUAAAGUAUCUUGGUGUAUAUUUAACAUCAGCUGUAAAGGGCUGUAAGGGGACAGAGUAAGACCAGCCAGUUUGUCUAAAGUAUCUUGGUGUAUAUUUAACAUCAGCUGUAAGGGGCUGUAACGGGACAGAGUAACACCAGCCAGUUUGUCUAAAGUAUCUUGGUGUAUAUUUAACAUCAGCUGUAAAGGGCUGUAAGGGGACAGAGUAACACCAACCAGAUUGUCUAAAGUAUCUUGGUGUAUAUUUAACAUCAGCUGUAAAGGGCUGUAAGGGGACAGAGUAACACCAACCAGAUUGUCUAAUGUAUCUUGAUGGUUUCUGAUUUGUGUGUGAACAUGGGAUGUGGAGGAAGGGACAAAACUGUUCCUCUGUCUCCACAAUGUUGUUCCUUGGUCUCCACAAUGUUGUUCCUUGGUCUCCACAAUGUUGUUCCUCAGUCUCCACAAUGUUGUUCCUCAGUCUCCACAAUAUUGCACAGAAGUGGAUCUGACAAUGGCUGUAAUCAUAAAAUGUAUGAAAGACAAACUUCUUUGAAGAAACACCUAGCUAAAUAUGUGUUGAAAUGUAAUCCAUGUCCACUAUAUAAAUGGUAGUCCUAUACCAAAGUAGAUCCACAACAGAAACAAAAUAUAUAAAACGUCAGAAUUUAAGUUUGGUAGAUAUUUUAUAUUUUUGCUGAUCAGUAAUCAAAAAUAAUUUUGACCACUAUAUGCGUAUUGGAACCGGCUCAGCGGAACCUUCCUACACACAAUUUACUUACCGAUAAACGAAACGCAAACACACAGUAUAGCUUGUGAACCCAAGGUGAAUGGUGUAUAUGCCCAAUCUCUGGUGAAAUAUUGCUUAGUGUAUCCAGCGAGACAUUCAGCUCCAGCUCCAACUGAUGAUCCAAGUUACUUUUUGCUCUUGCCUGAAUAUGUUUAUAGAAUCCCGUCUUGUUCAGACGUCUGCAGACACAUACCUACGACUCAAUGGACAAAAACAAUUUCACUCUGUGAUGUGCUAACACUUUAUAUGAACACACAGCACAGGGUCGUCCCCCAUGAUAUGCCCAACACUGUUUCUCUUCAGAUGUUACUUGUAUGGUGAGUUGUGAUGCCUUUGACACCCCUUUCCCUGCCCUCUAUUGCAAACCUACUCAUUUCUACAUUAUCUUCCCCACCUAAUAGGAACCUACUCAUUUUCAACAUGAUCUUCCCCUGUAAUAACCACCUACUCAUUGUCUACAUUAUCUUUCCCCUGUUAUAACAAACUACUAAUUUUCAACAUUAUUUUACCCACCUAAUAACAACCUACUAAUUUUCUACAUUAUCUUCCCCACCUAAUAGGAACCUACUCACUUUCACCAUGAUCCUACCCACCUAAUAACAACAUACUCAUUUGCUACAUUAUCUUACCCACCUAAUAACAACAUACUCAUUUUCUACAUGAUCUUUCCCCUGUAAUAACAAACUACUAAUUUCAACAUUGUCUUACCCACCCAAUAAGAACCUACCCAUUUUCUACAUGAUCUUUCCCGUUGUAAUAAGAACCUACACAUUUUCUACAUUAUCUCCUUAGAAGAAGCCUUGAACAGCACAGACAGAGGUUCCAUGCAAGGAGCUAUAACCUUUCUUUCCUUUUUAUUUUCCCACCAUUAUUUCACUUCAUUAUCUUCCUUUCAUAUAAUAUAACAUGUAUUGUACGCAUUGUAAAUGAGUGCUAUGGAGACAAUUAAGAAUAACUCCCAAUUGUCUAAUUACUUUGAGCUGUAAUCUCCACAGUAAGUAUUAGCCGUGGUUGACAGCUCUGUAAUAGUUGUCUAGUCUCACUGAAACAUAAUGUAUUUCUAGUAGUCAGGUAAUGAAAAGGUGUAGACAUAUACAGUCUGGACGCAAAUAGCUUUUUAUUUGCUUUAAUUUGUGCCCCUAUCUCGUCAGGAUAGUAACCACCAUAAUGAGAGUUUCUGUAUCCAUAUUCAAGCACCUUAAACUCAAGGCUAAAUUUACCAUAUUCACAUAUUGACAUAAACAAUUUUUUUAAUGAUUUAUCCUACGUUUUAUCCACUGUGUCUUUGAUUUAACCAUACGGCCACAGUUUCACGGGUGUUCAUUCUGGAUAACCACUGACUGUCACGGAUUCGGCAAACAUUGCAUGACCAUCACCAGAUAACAUAUUUAAAUGAAAUGUGUCCUCUAGCGGCUUGUGAAAGAAACAAGACAUAUUUAGGGUACCAUUCUCCCUGCAGGGUUAGACAGUAACAGGACAUGUUUAGGGUACCAUUCUCCCUGCAGGGUUAGACAGUAACAGGACAUGUUUAGGGUACCAUUCUCCCUGCAGGGUUAGAUGGUAACAGGACAUGUUUAGGGUACCAUUCUCCCUGCAAGGUUAGACAGUAACAGGACAUGUUUAGGGUACCAUUCUCCCUGCAGGGUUAGACAGUAACAGGACAUGUUUAGGGUACCAUUCUCCCUGCAGGGUUAGACAGUAACAGGACAUGUUUAGGGUACCAUUCUCCCUGCAGGGUUAGACAGUAACAGGACAUGUUUAGGGUACCAUUCUCCCUGCAGGGUUAGACGGUAACAGGACAUGUUUAGGGUACCAUUCUCCCUGCAGGGUUAGAUGGUAACAGGACAUGUUUAGGGUACCAUUCUCCCUGCAGGGUUAGAUGGUAACAGGACAUGUUUAGGGUACCAUUCUCCCUGCAGGGUUAGACAGUAACAGGACAUGUUUAGGGUACCAUUCUCCCUGCAGGGUUAGAUGGUAACAGGACAUGUUUAGGGUACCAUUCUCCCUGCAGGGUUAGACAGUAACAGGACAUGUUUAGGGUACCAUUCUCCCUGCAGGGUUAGACAGUAACAGGACAUGUUUAGGGUACCAUUCUCCCUGCAGGGUUAGACAGUAACAGGACAUGUUUAGGGUACCAUUCUCCCUGCAGGGUUAGACAGUAACAGGACAUGUUUAGGGUACCAUUCUCCCUGCAGGGUUAGACAGUAACAGGACAUGUUUAGGGUACCAUUCUCCCUGCAGGGUUAGACAGUAACAGGACAUGUUUAGGGUACCAUUCUCCCUGCAGGGUUAGACAGUAACAGGACAUGUUUAGGGUACCAUUCUCCCUGCAGGGUUAGACAGUAACAGGACAUGUUUAGGGUACCAUUCUCCCUGCAGGGUUAGAUGGUAACAGGACAUGUUUAGGGUACCAUUCUCCCUGCAGGGUUAGACGGUAACAGGACAUGUUUAGGGUACCAUUCUCCCUGGAGGGUUAGACAGUAACAGGACAUGUUUAGGGUACCAUUCUCCCUGCAGGGUUAGACAGUAACAGGACAUGUUUAGGGUACCAUUCUCCCUGCAGGGUUAGACAGUAACAGGACAUGUUUAGGGUACCAUUCUCCCUGGAGGGUUAGACAGUAACAGGACAUGUUUAGGGUACCAUUCUCCCUGCAGGGUUAGACAGUAACAGGACAUGUUUAGGGUACCAUUCUCCCUGCAGGGUUAGAUGGUAACAGGACAUGUUUAGGGUACCAUUCUCCCUGCAGGGUUAGACAGUAACAGGACAUGUUUAGGGUACCAUUCUCCCUGCAGGGUUAGACAGUAACAGGACAUGUUUAGGGUACCAUUCUCCCUGCAGGGUUAGACAGUAACAGGACAUGUUUAGGGUACCAUUCUCCCUGCAGGGUUAGACAGUAACAGGACAUGUUUAGGGUACCAUUCUCCCUGCAGGGUUAGACGGUAACAGGACAUGUUUAGGGUACCAUUCUCCCUGCAGGGUUAGACGGUAACAGGACAUGUUUAGGGUACCAUUCUCCCUGCAGGGUUAGACAGUAACAGGACAUGUUUAGGGUACCAUUCUCCCUGCAGGGUUAGAUGGUAACAGGACAUGUUUAGGGUACCAUUCUCCCUGGAGGGUUAGACAGUAACAGGACAUGUUUAGGGUACCAUUCUCCCUGCAGGGUUAGACAGUAACAGGACAUGUUUAGGGUACCAUUCUCCCUGGAGGGUUAGACGGUAACAGGACAUGUUUAGGGUACCAUUCUCCCAGCAGGGUUAGACAGUAACAGGACAUGUUUAGGGUACCAUUCUCCCUGCAGGGUUAGACAGUAACAGGACAUGUUUAGGGUACCAUUCUCCCUGCAGGGUUAGACAGUAACAGGACAUGUUUAGGGUACCAUUCUCCCUGGAGGGUUAGACGGUAACAGGACAUGUUUAGGGUACCAUUCUCCCAGCAGGGUUAGACAGUAACAGGACAUGUUUAGGGUACCAUUCUCCCUGCAGGGUUAGACAGUAACAGGACAUGUUUAGGGUACCAUUCUCCCUGCAGGGUUAGACAGUAACAGGACAUGUUUAGGGUACCAUUCUCCCUGCAGGGUUAGACGGUAACAGGACAUGUUUAGGGUACCAUUCUCCCUGCAGGGUUAGACAGUAACAGGACAUGUUUAGGGUACCAUUCUCCCUGCAGGGUUAGACAGUAACAGGACAUGUUUAGGGUACCAUUCUCCCUGCAGGGUUAGACAGUAACAGGACAUGUUUAGGGUACCAUUCUCCCUGCAGGGUUAGACAGUAACAGGACAUGUUUAGGGUACCAUUCUCCCUGCAGGGUUAGACAGUAACAGGACCUGUUUAGGGUACCAUUCUCCCUGCAGGGUUAGACAGUAACAGGACAUGUUUAGGGUACCAUUCUCCCUGCAGGGUUAGACGGUAACAGGACAUAUUUAGGGUACCAUUCUCCCUGCAGGGUUAGACAGUAACAGGACAUGUUUAGGGUACCAUUCUCCCUGCAGGGUUAGACAGUAACAGGACAUGUUUAGGGUACCAUUCUCCCUGCAGGGUUAGAUAGUAACAGGACAUGUUUAGGGUACCAUUCUCCCUGCAGGGUUAGACAGUAACAGGACAUGUUUAGGGUACCAUUCUCCCUGCAGGGUUAGACAGUAACAGGACAUAUUUAGGGUACCAUUCUCCCUGCAGGGUUAGAGAGUAAAAUGUGUCUGUGCUUGGUUGAGACUCAGCUUGUACUCAGAUGACACUUUGGGUCAGGUAGCCGUCAGUGUAGAAAUGCAUUAGUGAAGCCGACGGUGGUGAAAUUACGUGUCAUAAGAGUGUUAUGUAGAAGGGUCAAGGUCAGGGUCAAUUUCAUCUCACCUCUAGUCAAUUAAGGAAAUGUAUUGAAUUUUUAUUAAUUAAUUGAAUAAAUCCUACUCAUUGAACAUGGUUAACCUACUGCCCACCUAAGUCCCAACCAUGAAUUGGAUAUCAAUUCCUUUUUGAGGAAUAAUAUUUUCUUUCUAUGUCAUCCUGAAACAUCUGCUCGCUGCAGUUAUAUGUUAAACACAUUUGUCUUUCAUCAAAGACAACAAAUACAGACGGGACAGAGUACGCUGACAUAUGCAAAUAAAUCACAAAGCACUUGCUUCCUUCAGACAGUGACAGUGAACACAGGCCUGCAAUGUGUGAUUCAAUAACAUUCCAACUGCAUAUGCUGUAGAACGAUGAUAUUGACCCUUAACCACGACUGAAACACACAAAAAUCCCACAAUAUACUUACAGUAUAUAUACUGAACAAAAAUAUAAACGCAACAUGUACAUUUUGCAUUUACAUUUUGGUCAUUUAGCAGACGCUCUUAUCCAGAGCGACUUACAGUAGUGAAUGCAUACAUUUCAUACAUUUUUUUUUUUUUCCUGUGCUGGCCCCCCAUGUAAAAUGUUGGUCCCAUAUUUCCUGAACUGAAAUCAAAGGUCCCUGAAAUGUUCCAUACGCACAAAAAGCUAAUUUCUCUCAAAUUUAUGGCACAAAUUUGUUUACAUCCCUGUUAGUGAGCAUUUCUCCUUCGCCAAGAUAAUCCAUCCAAUUGGCAGGUGUGGCAUAUCAAGAA